UAUAGAGGGUUAAAGAUGAUGGUCAUUGUCUUCUUUGCUCUGUUGCUUGCAUCAGGUGGAUUUCCACCUGCGCAGACAUCAUGUCCUUCUCAGUGCAGCUGCCUCUAUCACAACCUAAGUGAUGGAUCCAGGGCAAGGAGUGUGAUUUGUAAUGACCCUGAGAUAUCUAUGGUGCCUGCUAGCCUCCCUUCUGACACAUCCAAACUUAGAAUAGAAAAAACAGCUAUAAAGAAGAUCCCCAGUGAGGCAUUUAAAUAUCUCCCCAAUCUGGAGUUUUUGUGGAUGUCCUUUAAUGUAUUGUCAUCGCUGAAUGUGGACAGCUUCCGUGGACUGAACAGCCUGGCAGAGCUCAGGCUUGAUGGAAAUGCCCUUAUGGAUUUUCCUUGGGAGUCCUUAAAGUAUAUGCCUAACCUAAAGCUCCUUGACUUGCACGGUAACAAACUCUCUUCAGUCCCUACAGAGGCAGCAAAGUAUAUAAGACCUUUAACAUACCUGGAUCUCUCCAGCAAUAACCUGAUGACGAUACCGUCUGAAAUCCUCACUACUUGGAUGACAGUCAAAAUUAUACAAAGGGCAGAGAGUUCAAAAAGAAUUCUUGGACUCCAUGACAAUCCUUGGCUUUGUGACUGUCGGUUGUAUGGCCUGGUCCAGUUUUCAAAAUCUCUAUCACUGUCCGUGACCUUCAUUGACACUAGCCUGAGGUGUACCAUUCCUGAGAAUCUCUCAGGGGUUCUGUUAAAAAAUGCCGACCUGAGACAAUGUCAGGAGCCCAAAGUUCAUUCGGCUGUAUCCCGCAUCAGAAGCAUCGUGGGCAGCAAUGUGUUGCUGCGCUGUGGUGCUGUUGGUAUUCCCAUACCCAAGCUGACAUGGAGAAGGGCAGAUGGGAAGACAUUGAAUGGGACAGUUAAUCAAGAGAACUCUAAAGAUGGAAUUGUUUGGUCUAUUCUAAAUGUGCCUGCUGUCUCCUUUCAUGACUCUGGAAAAUACAUUUGUGAAGCAACAAACUAUGCUGGGACUGCAGAAACUAUGAUUGCUUUAGUCAUAAGCAAGUCUCAAAAGUUAGACAAUGGAACUGGAACUAUAAAGAAAAUCAAAGAUGACUUACAAAACCCUAUUGAAAAAGAAAAUUUUAUUACCAAAUAUAUUUCCCCAAGACCUUCCUCUGUUCCUGUAAUAACAAGUCCUAUAGAUGACACUGGUCCCCAUACUGGCAUGCAGAGUGACAGUGCUCCAGAGAGUGGGACAAAGGUACAAUCUAGCCAUGAUCGACUUCUAGAUGACAACAUGAGCAACCUCGCAGCCAAUGCAUCAUCUCUGCAGCAAGAUCUGGACAGGAUUGUCCGCUCAGUCAAAGUCAUUGGAGAUACAGACUAUACAGUGUGCCUUAUUUGGAGAGCUCCAAAAGCCAACAACACAACUGCCUUUAGUGUGCUGUACGCAGUAUUUGGAGAGAGGGACAUGCGCAGAAUCAAUGUCAGUCCUGGCAACAAUCGUAUCAUCAUUGAGGGCUUGGUUCCUAAAACCAAAUACAUUGCUUGUGUGUGUGUAAAAGGUCUGAUCCCUAAAAAAGAGCAGUGUGUAAUCUUCUCCACAGAUGCAGCAGCAAGUGCUUAUGGGACUCAGAAGCUUAUCAACGUAGUUGUAAUCUCAGUUGCCUGUGUGAUAGCUGUGCCUCUGACUGUGGUGGUCUGUUGUGGAGCACUUAAGAGGAAAAUCCAAAAGUUUCUGAGCAAAAAGUCCAAAGACAUACAGGAUUCAUAUGUAACAUUUGAGAGCCUCUCGCCCAGCACAAGGGACAAAGGCCUGGAGGGGGACCAUCUGUCCAAACUGAACCCAGAGGAGUCCAAUAGAUUGCUAUCAGCUAGGUCUAGCCUGGACUCUGAGUUUAUUACCAAGAUCGAAGAAAAGCCAAAUGAGUACUUAUGCUGA